AUGGAAGGGUAUACUCAUCAAGCAGGUAUUGACUACACAGAGACAUUCUCUCCUGUAGUUAAGAUGACUACUGUGAGGUCUCUGAUAGUUGUUGCUGUGAAGAAAGGGUGGCACAUGUCCCAAUUGGAUGUGAAUAAUGCCUUCCUACAUGGUGACCUGAAUGAAGAGUUCUACAUGGAGGUUCCUCAGGGCUUGGCAGUAGACAAUUCAGAGUUGGUUUGCAAACUCAACAAGUCACUUUAUGGGCUGAAACAGGCCAGUAGGCAAUGGUAUGCUAAGCUCACUAAAGCCUUAUGUUCAAGGGGUUAUGCACACUCUAUGUAUGACUACUCUUUAUUUUACAAGAAAACUAAAAAUUCAACUGUAUAUAUAGCAGUGUAUGUAGAUGAUAUUAUGGUGACAGGCACUGAUACAAUGGAGAUUGAGGAGUUGAAAACUUUUCUGAAUGACAGCUUCAAGAUAAAAGAUUUGGGUAGGUUACACUAUUUUCUGGGUCUAGAAGUUCUUUACAAAACUGAUGGUGUGAUAAUAUCUCAGAGGAAGUUCACCCUUGACUUGUUCAAAGAAUAUCAGUGCAUGGAUCACAACAGCUUUGCCUCACCACUAGAUCUAACAAUCAAACUCAGAGCAAAAGAAGGAGAGGUUUUGACUGAUCCUACCUACUAUAGAAAAUUAUUAGGGAAGCUUAACUUCCUCACAAACACUAGAUUGGAUAUAACUUACAGUGUACAGAAUCUGAGCCAGUUCAUGGAUGACCCUGGACAACCUCACUUGAAAGCAGCUUUUCAUCUUCUCAGAUAUUUAAAAGUGGAUCCAACUCUGGGGAUUUUCCUAUCCAAGGAUGCAGAUUAUACUAUCAAGGCCUACUGUGAUUCUGACUGGGUUGCAUGCCCAGAUUCCCGGAAGUCUGUGAGUGGGUACCUUGUACUUUUAGGGAACAGCCCUGUCAGCUGGAAAUCGAAGAAGCAAGAUACCAUUUCAUUGUCCUCUGCAGAAGCUGAGUAUAGAGCUCUAAGGAAGGUAGUGGGCGAAUUGAGUUAUAACCGUUUAUCAGUUAGGCGGAUAUAUGCAGUGGAGACUUCACUUUUCUUUUUCCUUAAACGUUGA